UUCUCAUUGGUUUAGACAAUUUGAUGAUUGACAGAUUGCGUUCAGUCCCACCUACCAGGGGUUUCGGAAGCGCCGCUUUCUGCUGGAUUUCGGCGCUGUGGAUUUUUGUAUGAAUGCGGAGCGGUGGCGGGAUGUUACUUUUAGGUUAAUAUAUUUACAUAAUUUAAUUAGAACAGGCAUAUUUGACUUCGCAUAGAAGACUUGAUUAGAUCUUUCGCAGAAGAUUUAGAAGUUAACUUGCAUUCAGCUCUGCGUCAAUUCAGACAUCUAGGUAUGUCUAAAAGAAAGAGUAAUUCACCAAACGCGAGUAACCAUGUUAAGAGAGCCAGGUCUGGUCCAAGGGAGGAAAAUGGGGAAGAUGAAGAUGCCGAAGAUGUUAUUGGUCCAAGUCAGCCCAGUUCAGGCCCAUACACUUCACAGAUGACAUCUGCAGAAGUGGGCAUAGUGGAAGUAAUCUUCUUGAAGAAUUUCAUGUGCCACAGCCUGCUGGGACCUUUUGCUUUUGGACCGAAUGUCAACUUUGUGAUUGGAAACAAUGGGAGUGGUAAAAGUGCUGUACUGACUGCCCUGAUCGUCGGCCUGGGAGGUAAAGCACACACAACAAACAGAGGAUCCUCUCUUAAGGGCUUUGUGAAGGAGGGAGAAAGCUCAGCAGAUGUCUCCAUAACGUUACGCAACCGAGGCCAGGAUGCGUAUAAGCCAGAGGUGUUUGGCGAGUCCAUCGUCGUAGAGCUCAGGAUCUCCAGCGAAGGGCUGAGAACCUACAAGCUAAGGAGCAAAGCUGGUCACCUCGUUUCAACAAAGAAGGAAGAGCUUAUUUCCAUCCUGGACCACUUCAACAUCCAGGUGGACAAUCCAGUAUCAAUACUGACCCAGGAAAUGAGCAAGCACUUCCUGCACUCAAAAGGUGAAGGAGAUAAAUACAAGUUCUUCAUGAAGGCUACGCAGCUGGAGCAGAUGAAGGAGGAUUACGCAUACAUCAUGAAGACGAAGACGGUGACGCAGAACACCAUCGAGAAGCAUGAGGAGUGCUUGGAAGACCUGAAGCGCAAAUAUUUGGAGAAGGAGGACAAGUACAAAAGCCUGGCUUCCCUGGAUGAGAUGCAGACCAAGCUGGAGGAGCUGCAGAAUCAGAUGGCCUGGGCUCUGGUCACUGAAAUGGAGAAGGAGAUGAAACCCUUGGAGGAGAGAGUUGCUGUGGAGGAGAAGGCCACCAUUAAAUAUGACCAGAAAGUUGAGGAAUAUAAGACGAAGGUGGUCGAGGCAGAGAGGAGGUACAAGGAGAUCCACGACCAGCUUGAGGGCAUUUCCGAGCGGGUGCAGCAGCUGCAGCCUCAGUGUGCCACGUUGAAGACCGAGGCUCAGAACUUCAACCGGGCCUUCAAGCAGGCUGAGGCCACAUUCCAUCGCUCUAAGACCACCUUAAGAGAUCUGGAAAAGGACAACGAGCAGCUGACAAGGCGUGUGGACGAGCUGAAGCACAGUAUCAGCCAGGCCAUGGGCGUGGAUAGCAGGCGGAGGAUGGAGAAAAUCGAAACGCUGCAGGCUGAGCUGGACGACCUGAGGCACAAGGACUCUACCCUCGCUCAACAGAUCGAGCAGUUCCAGCAGGCAGUGGCCAGAGGCAAAGAGGAACUAGGCAAGAUAAGCUGCGAAGAGCGGGAGUUGCAGCGCUCCAUAGAGACCAAGCAGAGGGAGCACAGGGCCCUGGUGGCCAGCAGGACGGACAAAAUCAAGCGCUUCGGGGAGCAGAUGCCAGCGCUCCUGCAGUCCAUAGACGAGGCCUACAAGAGGGCGCAGUUCAAGCAAAAGCCAGUGGGACCUCUCGGAUUCUGUAUGCGUCUGAAGGACCCCGAGCUGGCCAUGUCUGUGGAGAGCUGCCUGAAGACCCUGAUGACGGCCUUCUGCUGCGACAACUACAGGGACGAGAAGGUGCUUCAAGGCCUCAUGAGUCGGCACUUCCCUCAGGGCAAGAGGCCCCUGAUCGUUGUCAGCGAGUUCUCCAGCAGCAUCUACAACAUCUGCGGGAAAUCAGCCCAACACCCGAAGUAUCCCACUGUGCUCCAAGCCCUAGAGAUCGACAACCCGGUGGUGGCCAACUGCCUGAUCGACAUGCGAGCCGUCGAAACCGUCUUGCUGAUUAAGAGCAACCAGGAAGCGCGGCAGGUGAUGCAGGCCGGUGCUCCGCCCACUAACUGCAGGGAGGCCUUCACUAAGGACGGGGACCAGGUCUUCUUCAACCGCUACUAUUCUUGCGAGUACCACAGGGCACAGUACCUGAGCAGGGAUGUGGAGGAGCAGAUCAGGCACCUGCAGUCAGAGAUUGAAAACCAGAAGGCUCUCGUCACGAGGGUCGAGGCUCAGAAGAAGGGGGUGGAGGACAGCAUCCGAAAUAAUGAGAACCUGCUCAGCCGAGCCUAUAACGACGGGAAGAAAGCCAAGGACAGAUUCCGGAAGCUUCAGCUGGAAAUGACCGAUCUGCAGAAUGUGGAGGAGCCCCAGUCCGAAGACUUGUUGCCUCUUGAGGAGGAGCUGCAGGAGAUCUCAGUGAAGAUCAGCUCGGCGAGGCAGGAAAGAGACGUCGCCCAUAAGAAGAUGGCUAAGCUGAAGAAGGAAUUGGAGGAGGCAGAGCAGAACUAUCGCCAGCAGAAGGAGGUCAUCAGCAGUGUGGCGGAAGAAGCAGAUCCCAUUAAGGAAGAGCUGAGUAAAAGUGACCAAGAUGUGGAACGAUGCAAGCAUCACAAGAAGCACUACGAAGAGAAACGAAAGGCACACAUCAGUGGGAUUCAGAAGCUAAAGGCCGAUCUGGAAGUCAAACAGAAGGAACUGGAGGCGUCCAUCCUGAAAGCUGCUGAGAUUUGCCCUGAACGUUUGGAGGUCAGGAGGACAGCCAAGAGUCUGGACAGUGAGAUAAACCGGCUGAAGCAGAAGAUCAGCAACCAGCAAGAUCUGCAAGGGGACCGAGACGAGGUCAUAAAGCAGUACCAGGAGGCCCUGGAAAACUACAAGAACAUCGUGAUGCAGGUGAAGAACCUGAAGAAGUUCAUUGGCCUGAUGGCGAAGAUAAUGAACAGACGACACAAAGUGUACACUGAGAUGAGAAUGUAUCUCUCUGUGCGCUGUAAGUAUUACUUUGACUCUAUGCUGUCUCAGCGAGGAUACACAGGGAAGAUGGCUUUCGACCACAAAAAUGAGACAUUGGCCAUUUCGGUGCAACCAGGAGAGGGCGACAAGGCGGCUCUGAGCGACAUGCGCUCCCUGUCUGGGGGAGAGCGGUCCUUCUCCACAGUCUGCUUCGUGCUCUCCUUAUGGGCCAUCGCCGAGGCUCCUUUCCGCUGCCUGGAUGAGUUUGACGUUUACAUGGACAUGGUCAACCGAAGAAUUUCUAUGGACAUGAUGCUGAAAAUCGCAUCCAGCCAGCGCUACAGGCAGUUCAUCUUUCUCACCCCACAAAACAUGAGCAGCCUCCCAGACAACAACCUGAUCCGGAUUUUUCGCCUCAGAGAUCCUGAUCGGACCCAGACCGUCCUACCCUUCGGCAGGAGGAAUGUUGUGGAAGACGCAGAGGACCAGUGACAAGUCAUUCCUGCCUCAGACAAGAACUGCUAAAAAAAAAAAAAAAAUUUUAUAUACUGUUCUUUUAUCCCUCAGUUAUUUGGUAAAUAUUGGUCAUGUUUAAAUAAAAAUAUCUCCCUUCUU